AUGGCAGCGGCGGAGAAGGUGGGAACCGCCGUACGGCGGCAAGCGCUAACGCUAACGCUAACGGUGGCGGCGGCCACUAGAAUAUGCCACCUUGUGCAGCAGGGCCAACGCCGUUUUCUGAAGCUCAGCGUCAAGGCUCGCGGCUGCAACGACUUAUCCUACAAUGUCAAAUAUGCAGAUGAAAAAGGGAAGUUUGAUGAGUUGGUUGAGGGCAGGGGUGUGAAGAUAUUGAUUGAUCCAAAGGCUCACAUGCAUGUCAUAGGGACCAAGAUGGAUUUUUUCAAUGACAAACUCAGAUCUGAGUUUAUAUUUAUCAAUCCUAACCCUAAUGGGAAAUGCUGCUGUGGAGAAUCCUUUAUGCCAACCAGCAGUGCAGAAGCUGCAAAGCCGGUCAUAGUUCAGGAUCAUAAAUCGUGACAAAUUUGCCAUCAACUUAAUUAUGAGGCCUUGUACAUAUGACUCAAAAAUUUAAGAGUACUCGGGUCUUGUAUGUGAGUAUAACAAAUUUCAUGGUUUAGAAAUGGUGAAACUGUCUCUUGGAAAUUUAUUGGAAGCAUUUUAUUGACAUUGUAUUCUUUUUGCUUCUAGUUAUGUAUUUUCAUCAUAUUUAAGGUGAAUACUUGUAACGGCGACAUUUUUGGGGUCCCCUGUUGUAAAUGUGAGAAACAAAAUAUGUUUUUCCAAGAAUGUGAACCAAUGUGUAUUUGGGAUUUUGUGCUGAAAUAGGGUUGGAUUCAUUUAUCUUGGAACUCGUUAUUUAUGGAUUAAUAAAAGUGUGAUUCUGGGAACACCAACUGAUGGAAUCAAUGUGUUUUUCAUCGCUUGCUUCUCUGUAACACUGGAAAGUUCACAAAGCUAAGCUGAAUAAUGUACUGAAAAUAGGGAGAAAGCUUGAUCUUGUUUUUGUUUGUGUUCU